AUGCGUUCUGCUUUCGUUGCACUUUUGUCCUUGAUCGCCUCUGCGGCUGCGUACCAGGUCACAUACCCUGGUGCCGCUGACAAGUGGUAUGCUGGAACGGUUACCAAUAAAUUCGAUUGGACCCGGGUCAACACCGAUGCCGACUCGUUCACUCUGGUGUUGACGAACGAGGAUCGUUCUCUUCUCCCUGUCAACAACCAACAGCUGAUUGCUACUGUCCCCGGAUCAGCUGGAUCGAUCGAUGUCCCUGCCCCCUCUGGUGGUUUCCCUGUCGGCAAAGGCUUCCGUGUUAACAUGGUCAAGUCUCCUACCGAGCUCACCACCAUCUUGGCUCAGAGCCCCGAGUUCGAAAUUGUCGCCGGCACUGGCACAUCUAGCACCUCGGUCACUGCAACCUCGGUUACAAGCCGCUCGACUGUGAUUAUUAGCCCGACUACGGGUACUACCACCCCCACUUCGACCUCUGGAGACCUCAACCCAACUAACUCGCCCGCAUCUAACAACGGCGCCAUGUCCAUUGUUGCCCGUGCCUCGCCUGUAGUGAUUGCUGGUGCUUUGGCUGCUGCCUUUAUGGCCUGA